ACGAAACUGAGUCAGGAGUUGACGGACACGUUUUCAAAGUGUAGUUAAUUUUGAGUUUUAAGCGCUGCUGCUUUUGAAAAGUUCCUCUUUUACAGAUAUGGCCACCGCCAGCAGUCUGCUGUCAGAGGACAAGUUCCUCUGUUCUAUCUGCCUGGAUGUGUUCACUAAGCCGGUCACAACGCCAUGUGGACACAACUUCUGCAUUGCAUGUAUCCACAUGUACUGGGACAGCAGGGACACUUGCCAGUGUCCACUAUGCAAAAGGGUAUUUCCCCAGAGACCUGAGCUCCAAGUCAACACUGUUAUGUCCGAGUUAGCUGCUGAGUUUAAGACGUUGGUUCAAGUCAAAGCCUCAACUCCAGACCCACUACUUCCUGGAACAGCAGACGUUCUUUGUGAUAUCUGCUCUGAGAUGAAGGAAAAUGCAGUUAAAUCUUGUCUGACGUGCCUGAUGUCCUUCUGCAGAGCUCACCUCGAGCCACAUCAGAGGGUUGCCAGUCUCAAGGGCCACACACUGUUAGACCCUGUGAAGAAUCUCGACCACAGAAUGUGCAAGACCCACGACAAGACAACAGAACUGUACUGCAGGACUGACCGGGCCUUUGUUUGUGUGUUGUGUCUCAAAACCGAUCACAAGAGCCACAAUGUCGUCCCACUUGAGGAAGAAUACGAAGCAGCGAUGGCGAAAAGAGACGAGGCGAUGGCAAAUGUCCAAAAGAUGACACAAUCUCGGUACGAGAAGAUAGCCGAGGUCGAAAGGUCAGUUGAUGUCAGCCAGGCGGAAGCUGAGAAAGAGAAAGAAGCCAGCGUGCAGGUCUUCACCGACUUGAUCCGCUCCAUCCAGAGAAGCCAGGCCGAGCUGGUCGGGGUGAUCGAGGAGAGGCACGGAGCAGCAAAGCAGAAGGCUGAAGAUUUGAUCAGAGAGCUGAGGGUGGAGGUCGCAGAGCUCGAGAGCAGAAGCGUACAGCUGGAGCAGCUGUCACAGUCUAAGGAUCACCACUAUGUUCUCCAGAGUUUCCCGACCCUGCGCUCUCCUUCAUACGCCAACCGGGCCGACAUUGGCGUUCGCAGCGAUCCGUCAUUCGAGGCAGCGAGAGGCGCUGUGACUCUGCUGAAACAGAGAGUUGAUGAAAUUCUGGAGGAGCUUCCGGAGAUCAAAAUGAAAAGAAUGAGAGAACAUGCAGUGGACUUGACUUUUGAUCCCGACACAGCAUAUUGUUCACUUGUCAUAAGUCCGGAUGGAAAACAAGUGAGAAAUGCAGAAACAAAACAGAAUCUUCCCUCCAAUCCAAAGAGAUUUAAAACAUUUACAGAGGUUUUGGCUAAGGAGGGGUUCACAGCAGGGAAGUUUUACUACGAGGUGCAAGUGAAAGGAAACACUGAGUGGCUUGUUGGAGUGGUCGGAGAGUCUGUGAAUAGAAAAGGGAAAGAAGCUCUGUCAGAGGAAAAUGCAUACUGGAUCAUUGGGCUUGAUGAAGGAAUAUAUAUUACAUCAAAAUCACGUGAUGUUGAUCUCGCACUGAAAGAAAAGCUUCAGAAUCUGGGCGUCUUUGUGGACUACAACAAAGGAGAGGUUUCUUUCUUUGAUGUGAAUUCUAAAUCACAUAUCUAUUCUUUCACUGGCUCCCACUUUAAAGAGGAACUUUUUCCAUACUUCAGUUUUCAAAACAACACAGAUGGAGCCCCUCUCAUCAUAACCCCUGUACCUCAAACACACAGGUUGUUUCUUCUUUAAAGACCACAGAAUAAACAACAUUGGUCUCUAUUAACAUGCUUAACAAAUCUGCUUAAAGUAUUACCAAUACAUUUCAGAUGUUGUAUAGGUAAUCAAACCAUCCUUGUUGUUUCUAUCUGAAAUGUUUUCUGCCCGUGCAUGGAUGUAUAGAAGAAGUGUGACACUGUCUUUUGUCUACAGUGCAGUUUUCUUGUUUAUGUGUAAACUAAUGAUUCUAAUGUUUCACAGUGAUAUUGUCAGAUCCUGUUGUAUUAUAAUGGAUGAGGUUAUCAGUGUUGCGCUCAUGUAUAUUUUGAUCGGAUUUUAUUUUCCAAAAUUUCACGCCAGACAUUUUUUUUCUUUUAUGUCAUUUGAAUGAAGACAUGCUGUGUAUACAGCCACUACUCUGACAAUGUUUAUCAUAGUAAGACUUCUUUAAAGACGGCACUGGGGGAAAAAGGUCCAAUGUGUAACAACUUGGUCAUUUUGCUGGUUUCUUGUAAUUUACAGUUGGCUUUUGUGCAUUUGAAACAUCUGACCGGAAUAAACGAGACAUGUAGACUCAUUUUGUCAUGUCAUUUCUACCUGUAAGAUUCACUCACAAUAAUAAACUCAAAGUUGUAAAGUGUUUAAACAACUCUUGACAAUAGACAUGACCUAUUUUAGUUUGUAGGUUCAGUGUUUUGCACAAAGACAGUUCGACGUCGAGGGGUUUGAACGAAAGCUACAUCUCACCUCAAACCCCACCCGCUAGAAACCCGUCUCAGUGAGCCCCGCCUCCUUGCAGCUCUUAAUAGUUUAGGUGGCUGAUGCUACUCACAGAAUAGAAUAUCUGCUUUGUGAGAUUUGUAAGUCAGUCAAUAGUAGUCUGCCCUCAGCUUUCACUCCUGCCCCCACACUGGCGUGUGUGUGUGUGUGUGUGUGUGUGUGUGUGUGUGUGUGUGGAUGCACACAUUAUCCUCGAGU